UCGCGUCUUCUACGCCAAAGGCCACUUUAAAAGGGCCUUAUUUAUAGAAAAAUUAAGUUCUCUGACUAAAAUUCCCAAUAGUUUUGUACGAACCCAAUGACCGGCGUGGAGACAGGUGUGCGUACCACGUCCUCCUCUGUGUAAAGCAACGUCUAGAGCCGCCGGCGAGCAACAACACCCAGAAGGCGACAAUCUUGCACAAUCGCCAGCCGAGUCGUUGCCAGGAAAUAAAGGAGCUGCCGCAGGAUGGCCGAGGCAAUGGUGGUGGAGGACCGGUCCGCGGAGUCCAAGCGCUUCUUCUGCCACAUGUGCAACGUGGAGAUCAACAUUCCCAACUCGGAUUUCACCUGCCCGCUGUGCGCCAAUGGUUUCGUGGAGGAGUUGCCGGCGAAUGCACCGGAGAUGGCUACUCCGGCUGCUGGGGCCUCUAGCGGCGCUAGAUCCGGAAGCAGUGGCAGUGGUAGUGGCUCCUCCGGCUCCCAUGACACACUGAGCAGGGGCAGCUCCUCGGGCGGAUCUCAGGUGAAUGUGGAAUCGCUGCGCAACGAUAUUGUUUCGCUGCUGAACAUGCGGAAUGUGCCCAAUUUGGAGAUCACCAUCGAGCCGAACAGGCGACACAGCAAUGUUCUGCACCUGGGCGGCUUCGGCGGACCCUCGGGCAGUGGCUCUGGUGGCGGCCUCACCGCCGGCGGACGUGUGCGUCCGGCCAAUCUGGACAGACUGGACAAUGUGCUCUUUGAUUUUCUGCAGAGCCUGCCACUGGCCGGAGCCACGGCAGAAAUAGUAACCGGACCAGGUGGAGGAGGAGUCGGUGGUAGCGGCAAUUCGCAUAUGUUCUUCAUGGGCAACCCCGGAGAUUACGCGUGGGGCCGCGAGGGACUGGACACAAUUGUCACCCAAAUGCUCAACCAGAUGGAGACCUCAGGACCGCCGCCGUUGUCGGAACAGCGUAUUAACGAGAUACCAAAUGUGCAGAUCAGUGCCGAGGAGGUGGAUCGGAAGAUUCAGUGCUCCAUCUGCUGGGAUGACUUCAAGAUAGACGAGACGGUACGCAAGCUGCCCUGCUCGCACCUGUACCAUGAGAACUGCAUCGUGCCAUGGCUCAGUCUGCACAGCACCUGUCCCAUUUGCCGAAAGUCACUUGCGGACGAUGGCAGCGAGGCCGACGACGAGUUCGUAAUGCUCGAUGGAUUUGGCCCAGAGAUGGGGGCCGAUGGCACCAAUUCCGCCAGGAGCUCGGCCAGCACCGCCACAGGAACGGACAAUCCAUUGCCGGCCAAUAACACCGGCAGACAGACCACGGCGGACAGUAGCCAAGCGCGAGCCGAUGCCGCUAAUCCCGCCCAGCCAGCACGCAACAACGUCUUCACCUUUGACGAUGACAACAUGUUUCUGGACUAGCUGGGAAUGAGGCAGUGAAUCGAAGUGUAACGAAGAUCGAUUGAUAUUCAAAAUUAAGCCAAAUAUUGGCAGCGGCUUUAGAAGUUUAGCCCUAAAACAUAAUUAUUCAUAUUAUACUAGUUUCUCCUCACGCUUAAUUUUGUUGUUGUUCAAAAUAACGAUUUGUAAUAAACAACACGGAAAGUAUGAUUCCGUUGGCUCUGCAAAAAUCAA